AUAUUAAAAAAGGUGGUGAUAAGUAUGACUAAGGAGAGUGCGACGACAUCUACAGCGAUUCCGCCGCAACACUCCGAGCAUCAUCAGCCACCACCAAAUCCAAUCAACUCUGCUACCUCCCCUCCACCAACUACGAUGAGCGUCGCCGCGAACAGCAACGGCGUAGCGUUCGAUGAAACCGUGGAAGAAGCACCAUGUUUCAAGUAUCUGGAUAGCAAAGAGUAUGCUGAUAAGUACAAAAAGUACGAGACUGAGUUCAAGCAGUGGAUCCUCGCCAAGCAUUUCUAUCCCAAUGCAGUGAAUUUGUACGAGGGGAGAACGACAAUUGGUGGUGAAACCAUUCUGUCUAGCAAGUGGCCUUGCACGCGUUUCUAUGCAGACCCGUGUGUUUCAUUUGCACAAGAAGAGAGUGUAGAUUCACUUACUGCAGAGAUUGGUUUAGUUCCCAAUGGAGCUAUUGUCUCUGAGAAGAAGAUUUGUUGAUGUAGUAGGCAAGUAACAAUGUUUGUUUUGCUUCAUUUGACCAAGAAUGUGAUACUAAUUAGCUAUUGCAUUGUUGUUAACUAUAUUAUAUACAUAUGUAUGCAAGCUAUUACUAGUGUAGUAGUAGUCACAUUACAUAUAAUGGUUAAUCAUUCA